UUCCACCAUUAAUUAAGAGGCCUUGUUCCACCAAAAGAAGCUUCCUCGAUAUCUCUUGUCCAUCACCUGCCUUGUUCCUGCUUGUUGGGUGAGGAGGAGUGAUCAUUUUGUGUGUCUACUGCUGUGAUCGUUAUAAAUAUUCUGUGUGGAGGCAGUGUUGCUGACCACGAAAACCUUCCCUAAUUUUACCAUCUUCUUUCUUGGUUCUGCAAGCUACGAUCAGGAAAAUGGAGACAUUAACACCUUCACCGUCUUCACCAAGAGCUGGUGGAUCCGAGUUUGAAGUGUUUCUCAGCUUCAGAGGUGAAGACACCCGAAACCGUUUCAUUGGGCAUCUUUAUGAAGGGCUCGAGUUGCGGGGUAUUUCCACCUUCAUUGAUAGCGAGAAGUUGGAAAAGGGGGAGGAGAUCAACAAGCUGUUGGAAUACAUAGAGAGGUCCAAAAUCUUUGUCCCCAUCUUCUCCCAAUGCUUUGCAGAAUCGAAAUGGUGUUUGAAAGAGGUCACCAAAAGUGUGGAGUGCCGGAAGGAGAUAAUCCCGGUGUUCUUUGGUGUGGAACCUUCGGAUGUCCGCAACCAGACCGGCCCCUUCAGAUCUGCGUUCGAGGAACAUGAAAAGAAGCUGAACCAAGAGGAGGUUAGGAACUGGAGGGAAGCAUUGAAGAAAGUCGGAAGCCUCUCUGGCUUCACUCUAAAGGACAUGAACUGGGAUGAGGCGAAGCUAAAGCGUGCAGUCAUUGAGAGUGUGUCAGCCAAACUGAACAAGAACACAUUCGAAGUCGCAAAGCAUCCAGUCGGAAUUGAAACUCGUGUUAAUGACGUGAAGAAAAUGUUGGAGAAUGGAGGUAAUAUUAAUGGUGUUCAUGUGGUUGGCAUCCAUGGUAUGGGGGGUCUUGGAAAAACAACGAUUGCCAAGGCUGUUUACAAUGACUUAGCCCAUGGGUUCAAUGGCGCCACUUGUUUUAUUUCAGAUGUUAGGGAAAAUGCUCGACAACACAAUGGAUUGGUCAACUUACAAAAGAAGUUCAUUGAAGACAUCUUCAAAGAAAAAAAUACAUCCUUAGGUGAUGUUGAUCAAGGAAAAAUUGUGAUCAAAGACAAGGCCAGUGGUAAGAGGAUUUUGCUUAUCUUAGACGACGUUGAUUCGGGAAAACAACUCGAUGCAUUGGCUGGUGGGAGAGAUUGGUUUGACUCAGGAAGUGUGAUCAUCAUCACAACUAGAGAUGAGAAGGUACUGUUGUGCUGCAACAUGAAAGUGAAACAACAUGAAAUUUACAAGCCACAAGAACUAAAUAAAGAUGAAUCUCUGAAACUGUUUAUGCAUCAUGCGUUCAAUGAUGUGCAACCAGAGGGAGAGUAUCUCCGUUUAUCAAAUGAAGUUGUUGAAGCAGCUGGUGGGCUGCCAUUAACACUUGAAGUGCUUGGAUCGCUUUUAACUUGUGAUAUGGAUGUAGAAGAAUGGGAAUAUACAUUGGAGGAGCUGAAAAAGAUCCCCCCAGGGAAGUCCAACAGAGGUUGAAGCUAAGCUAUGACAAUUUAAAGGACUCAGAGAAGAAAAUAUUUCUAGAUAUUUCAUGUUUUUUUAUCGGUAAUAACAGGGAAUAUGCUACUUACAUGUGGGAGGGUUGUGGCUGGUUCCCAAAAACAGCAGUUA